AUGAACAAUUCUACGGAAGGAGAACACGGACAUUUUGAAACACUUGGAACAGGUUAUGCCAUCUCUUUGAUUGCUAUCAACGCUUGUAGUUCCCUUGUGGCUUGUGUCUUGAAUUUCUUGAUUAUUUUGACUUUUGUAAACACGACAUCGAUGCRAACACCUUCGUAUAUUCUUAUUCUUUGUUUAGCCAUCGCUGACUUUGGUGUUGGUGCUCUGCUUCAGCCGGUUAAUUGCAUGGAAUUGUUUGCCAAAAUGGAAGCAUAUGAUUUUUCUACCUUAUCUUUGAUAAGAAAGGGGGGUAUAUGGAUAUUAGGGACUUUGUCUUUACUGACAAUCACUGCCAUCACCAUCGACCGAYUCCUUGCUCUUCACUUGCAUCUAAGAUAYCAAGAACUUGUUACAACCAAACGAAUGAGUAUAGCUGUGGUCGUUAUUGUUAUUACAAGUUCAUUUGGGGUCUUUCCUACAUGGUAUUUUGUUGCCAAAAUAAUMUAUAUAUCUGGUUUAAUUGCUCUCUUGCUACUGAAUAUAUUCCUAAUGACUACAAUUUCUCUAGCCRUUAGAAAACAUUCAGCAACCAUCCAUGCACAACRGCAAUCAUUACAGGAAAGCUUGAACUUUCCAAUAUACAAGAAGACUGUGACCGCAAUGCAUUGUAUUAUGGGGGCGUUUGCUGUGUGUUACAUUCCCCUAGCUAUUGUGAUCAUUAUAGAGAACACCGUACAUUACGAAGCACUAUCGAUUUAUUAUCGUCAAUUAUUAGAUAUUACAAUAUAUCUAACUGACACUCUAAUGUUGACAAAUAGUGCUUUGAAUCCAGUUAUCUACUGCUGGAGAAUACAAGACAUGCGAAAUGCUGUCAUGCAGCUUUUUCGUAACAUACGAUGUCUUAAGAGSGAAGCCGCAUGUUGCCACUGCGCAUGUGACUGCGCAACUUGA